AAAGUCGUGUGUUUUAUCAGAUUCCUUGCAGAUAGUUCAAUUGGUACACAUUGGGAAACCUAUUAAUUUCAUCAUCAUGCUAAUGUGCCGGAGACAACUAGACUUUCAUAUGAAUGAUAUUAACAAUAUAUCUUCAACACAUUUAGUUUUCACCAUCAGUAUUCGGUCCACUGGACCGCCUAAUCUGGUUCAGAGUUCUGUUAAGUGGUUUCAUCUCCCUCCCGAUUGCAGUUGCGGGGAAUUGAACCGUGAUUCUUCUUACCAAGUUCAGCGUCAAUCACCACUAAAUCAACUAACGAUUGAUUGAUGUUCUAGUAAAGAUGAGAGCUAAUAAGUAAUAACUUACAAAUUUCGAUUGCGGUUGACAAAGAAAAGACAAUUAUUAUUAUUUUUAAAAAAAAUCCAAUUUUUAAUUUUCUACUGGUCCUAGGGUUCACGCUUUUGAAAAUUCGAAAAAACGCACAAAACAAAACCGAGAGAGAGAGAACAGAUAUUUCACCACCUUCUCCCGCCGUCUUCUUCCACCAACCCUUCCCUUUUCUCUUUCCCUCUCUUCAACCCUAAAUCACUGAACCUAAACGCCGUCGUUUUCAUCUUCGAAAAUCCAAAUUUUCACUUUUUUCUUUUCUCUGAGGCAUUUCAUCAAACAUGUCAGCGAAGUGGCGUGCACUUCAACACCGUCACAAAUACACUUACAACGCCGUCGUUUUCCCUUCUUCCUAUCUCAAUUCCCUUCACCAAAACCCUAAUCCUUCUUCCCCUUUUCAUCACAACCUGGUUCAAUUCACAACCCUCACUUCAACUUACUCUCAACUCACCCUUGCCAAAAACCUAGCUGCAUCAUUCAUCAAUCUCAUUAACAAUGAAUCUAAACCUGAUUCGGGACCCGAAAUCGUUAUUGUGUCGAAGCUCUAUUUUGAGCUUCUGUUUUUGGAAAAUUCUUCACCUUUGCAUAGAACCCUUCUUUCAGUUUUGCCAAAGGUUAAAAAUUUUCAUGAGAUAUUAUCUGGGUCUUUUAGGGAGGUUGUGGAGGAGUAUAGUAAUGGUAAAGGGAAACGAUUUGCGGUGUCGCGUGUUGCACUUUCUGUUAUGGGGUUGGCGAAAUUGGGUUAUUUGAAUGAUGUUGUUGAGUUUUGUGCUGUUUUGGUUGCUGCUGAUGUUGUUCGUAGUUUAAAUGGCGUUGUUUUGGAGACGAAUGUUGAUUUGUCUCGUCCUUCGCCUAUUGUAAUGGAACAGUGUCAAGAUGGUAUGUCUUGUUUGUAUUACUUGCUUCAGAAGUUUCCUUCAAAGUUUAGUUGUGGUGAUGAAAAUGGGAUUGCAAUUGAUGGGUUUUCGAGUGUGAUGGAGGGGAUCGUUAGUGUUGUUUUGAGUUUGAUGGGGUCUGAUGCUUUUUCUAGGGAUUGUUUUGUUGCUGCUGGUGUUGCUCUUUGUGCUGCUCUUCAAGUUUGUAUUAGUUCGGAAGAGCUUGGUUUGGUUUUGAUGCAAGGUAUUUUUAAUUUGAAGGUUUCGGAUUCAAGUAGUGUUGGAAAUGUUGAUUGUUGUGAUAGUGAAUUUAUGAAUGCUGUUAGGAAGGUUCCGUGUAAGGGUGAUGAUGUUUAUCGUAGGAUAUGUAGUAUUUCUGUUCUCAGUAGGAUUUGUUUGAUUAGAGGGAUUCUUACUGCGGUUUCUAGAAACUUGCUUAAUACUCAAUUUAGUGUUGUGGAUGGUUGUGAAGGGAGUGUUAAGAAGAAGUCUAUAUUGUAUGAUGGAAUUUUGCCUGAGCUAUGUAGGCAUUGUGAGAGUCCUACUGAUAGUCAUUUCAAUUUUCAUGCAUUGACUGUGAUGCAAAUUUGUUUGCAGCAGAUAAAAACGUCGAUGCUGUCGAAUCUUACUGAUCUGUCGGGAGAUUACGAUCCUAUUCCCGAGGAAAUGGGGAUGCGGAUACUUAGGAUUAUUUGGAAUAACUUGGAGGAUUCUUUGAGUCAGACAGUGAAACAGGUUCAUCUCAUUUUUGAUCUUUUUAUGGAUAUUCAAUCCUCCCUGCGUUGGUCGGAGGGAGACAAACAGAUUAAAGUGUUUUUGGGGAAGAUUGGAGCAGAUCUUCUUUCUUUGGGGUCACGGUGUAAGGGGAGAUACAUUCCUUUAGCAUUGCUAACCAAGAGGCUGGGAGCGAAAAAAAUGUUGGAUAUGUGUCCAGACCUGUUAUUCGAGACAAUACAUGCUUAUGUUGAUGAUGAUGUGUGUUGUGCCGCAACGUCGUUUCUGAAGUGCUUUCUUGAAUAUUUGCGUGAUGAGUGCUGGGAGAUGGAUGGUAUUGAAGGUGGGUAUGCUCUCUAUAGAGGGUAUUGUCUUCCCCCAAUUAUGUAUGGGUUGGCCUCUGGGUUCUCGAAACAUCGCACCAAUUUAAAUACUUAUGCUCUGCCAGUUUUGCUGGAAAUUGAUGUGGAUAGUAUAUUUCCUAUGCUUUCUUUUGUUUCGGUUGGGCCAGAUGGGGAUGAAAAGGGACUGCAAUAUCCAGAACUUGUUUGUGCAAACCUGGAAUUGAAUCUUGAACAGAAAAUUGCUAUUCUAGUUUCCUUGCUUAAGGUAUCUCGGUCACUAGCUUUGGUUGAAGGGGACAUUGAUUGGUGUGAAAAUCCUUCCACAAAUGAAGAAGAGCAUGGGAUUGGAACACAAAGCCAUGCUCUUGUAUGCAUUAAGGGAAUAGAUAUUAAGAUCCAUGUUCUGUGGCUAGUAAAUGCAUUGACCCAUGUUGAUGAGUCACUACGUGUAGAUGCUGCGGAGUCUCUUUUCUUGAAUCCCAAAACGUCGAGUCUUCCUUCUCAUUUAGAGCUCACUUUAAUGAAGGAAGCUGUGCCUUUAAAUAUGAGGUGCUGUUCUACAGCUUUUCAGAUGAAGUGGGGAAGCUUGUUUCGUAAGUUCUUCUCUAGGGUUCGAACAGCCUUAGAGAGACAAUUCAAGCAAGGAAGCUGGAACCUUCUUGAACGUAUUAAAGGUAACAAAGAGGAUUGUCCUUCAGAAGGGAAUAAGGAAUUGACAAUGAAAAGAGCAGAUGAUCUUUUCCACUUUAUGAGGUGGUUUAGUGGCUUCUUAUUUUUCUCAUGCUAUCCUUCUGCUCCUUACAAGAGAAAAAUAAUGGCAACAGAUCUCAUCUUGAUUAUGAUAAACACUUGGUCUAUUAAGUCAUCGAUAAUCGAGGAGUCCGACAAUUCAUUGUCGGAAAUUCAUCUCUAUCCUUACAGCAAGGGUAUGACUUCUUCUGAUUCAACCCUAUUGUUGGUCGGUUCCAUUGUUGAUAGUUGGGACAGGUUGAGAGAGAGCGCGUUUCAGAUAUUACUCCAUUAUCCGAACCCACUACCUGGAAUUUCAAGUGAAGAGAUGCUGAAGAAGGUAAUUGCUUGGGCUAUGAAAUUAGUUUGCAGUCCACGUGUAAGGGAAAGUGAUGCCGGUGCUCUGACUUUACGACUUAUAUUUAGAAAGUAUGCAAUAGAUCUAGGUUGGUUGAUUGAAGAUCCAUUCAAUAUUUCCCAUUUAAGCUCAAAGUCUGAAUUAGUAAAUGGGGUUAAUCAGUCUAGUAAAUUAAGGAAUCCUGUAAUACUGUAUUUGAAAUCAAUGAUUGACUGGCUGGAUGUUGUUGUAAGAGGUGGAGAGCAAGAUCUUACUAAAGCAUGCAAGAACAGCUUUGUCCAUGGUGUAUUACUUGCUCUACGUUACGCGUUUGAGGAGUUGAACUGGAAUUCUGAUGUCGUAUCGUCAAGCAUCUCAGAGAUGAGAUAUUUGCUGGAAAGACUUUUAGACCUUGUUGUGCGGAUAACUUCGUUGGCACUAUGGGUGGUUUCUGCAGAUGCUUGGCAUCUGCCUGAAGAUAUGGAUGAGAUGGUUGAUGGUGAUGAUCUUUUGUUGGAUGUACCAGAUCAUGACAAUGAGCAUAUGCCUUCAUCUGAAUAUGAGAACAAUAAUUCAAAGCCUUCCCAUGAUAUCAGAGCAUCAGAACAGAUUGUCAUGGUUGGUUGUUGGCUGGCUAUGAAAGAGGUGAGCCUUCUUUUGGGGACUAUUAUAAGAAAGGUACCAUUGCCAAGUAAUGCAUGUUCAGAUUCGUCUGAGCUAGAGGGGGCUUCUAUUGACACUGUUAACAGUUCAUCUGAUGCUGUGCUUGAUUUGGAACAACUUGAAACAAUUGGAAAUCAUUUUUUAGAAGUUCUCUUGAAGAUGAAGCACAACGGUGCGAUUGAUAAGACGCGUGCUGGCUUCACAGCUCUUUGCAAUCGUUUACUUUGCUCCAAUGACCCAAGGCUACAUAAAUUGACAGAGUCAUGGAUGGAGCAACUCAUGCAAAGAACAGUGGCCAAAGGACAAGUAGUGGAUGACUUACUGAGAAGAAGUGCCGGAAUACCCGCUGCAUUUACUGCUCUGUUCCUAUCAGAGCCAGAAGGCACACCAAAGAAGCUCCUUCCAAGGGCAUUAAGGUGGCUUCUUGAUGUGGGAAAUGGGUCUAUGUUGAAUCAGGUCGAAAGUGAUAACUUGAAAGACAACCCAUGCAAGUCAAAUGGUUCAAUGAAAGAAAAUAGUUCUACACAGGAAGCUGAGAGAAAUGUGAGAGAGAUGUCAUCAAAGAUCAGAGAUGAAGGUGUCAUUCCUACAGUGCAUGCAUUUAACGUUCUAAAAGCUGCAUUCAAUGACUCUAACUUGGCUACUGAUACAUCUGGUUUCUCUGCCGAGGCUAUGAUUUUGUCUAUUCGCUCUUUCUCAUCUCCAUACUGGGAAAUCCGAAACAGUGCUUGUCUGGCUUACACUGCUUUGGUUCGUCGCAUGAUUGGAUUCCUCAAUGUUCAUAAGCGAGAAUCAGCACGACGAGCAAUAAGCGGGCUUGAGUUUUUUCACAGGUAUCCAUCACUGCAUUCAUUUCUUUUCAAUGAACUGGAAGUUGCAACCGAGUUUCUGGGUCCUACAUCUUCAGGAGAUUUAGAAUCUGUUAGGGGAAAUAAUCUGCAUCCGAGUUUGUACCCGAUUCUGAUUCUUUUAUCAAGGCUGAAGCCUUCAUCAAUUGCUGGGGAAAGAGGAGAUAAACUAGACCCAUCUCUUUUAAUGCCUUGGAUUAGGAGGUGCUCAACCCAAAGUAAUUUACGAGUCCGUGUUCUUGCAUCUAGAGCUCUAACAAGUCUUGUAUCAAACGAGAAGUUGUUGUCAGUCCUUCUCAGCAUUGCUUCCGAGCUGCCGUGUGUAGAAAACUUUGUCAAAUCAGGUUCCCGCGGGAUUUCCUACAACUUAAUCCAUGGAAUUCUCUUGCAGUUGAGUUCUCUGCUGGAAGUAAAUUGUAGUAAUCUUGCUGAUAACUCGAAGAAAGAUCUCAUUGGUGAGUUGAUCCAAAUUCUUAUACCCCGGUCAUGGAUUGGAAGACCUACUCGAUGCCAGUGCCCUAUCCUCAAUGAAACAUUCAUAAGAGUUCUGGAUCAAAUGCUCCAUAUUGCAAGGACAUGCCAGAUAACCCAACAUUUUUUUGCCAUUCGCAACCUACUUUUGGAGUUGUCGACAGAAUGCUUAGAUUUGGAAUCUUAUGGGCAGCCUUAUUAUGACGCAACCAUUGCUGAACUCCGUGAACAAGCGGCCAUUUCCUAUUUCGGUUGUUUGUUUCAAACAUCUAAGAAUGAGGAAGAUUCAACCCAUUUGCCACUGAAAUAUUGUCUUCCCAGUACAAAAUCAUUGCCGAAACAUGAUAUGAAGAAUGCAUCGACUGGUAUUUUGGAUAGGUUGAUUCGCUGCUUGUCUGAUUCAUUAUAUGAAGUUCGACUUGCAACACUGAAGUGGCUGCUGAAGUUCUUGAAAGCGACCGAGUCUGGUAGCAAGCUCUGUGAUUUUUCUAUUGACGACAUUAGUAUUAUUCACCUCUGGGCAAAAACUAAUCUUCAUGGAACAUUGGUGAAGAUUUUAGGAUCAGAGAAGAACCACAAGUGUAAGUAUUACAUUCUGAGGAUCCUUGUAGCUUGGAAUUUGCUGCAAUUUGAAAAAGCUAGCCAUGACAAGUGCACCGACACAAGUUAUGUUGGUGAAAUGGACUUUGACUCUGUGUCGCAAUUUUGGAAUGAGUUAGUUUCUAUGUACAAUCAAACAAGACAUGCAAAGACCCGUGAAACCCUUAUUUAUUGUCUUGGAGUAUGUGCUAAGAGAAUUACAAUGUUGUUUGCAAGUUCUUUUCCAUCUAACGAAGCAAUGAAGUUUGUGGUUUGUGGCGAAAGGAAUCAGAAGAUAAGUUGGUUGUUCGAUUGCAUUGUUUAUUUCUGUAACAUGAUUAAGCAAUGCAGUUUACCAUCAGAACAAACAAGUAUGCGCCACGCAGCGGCUGGAUCCUUAAUAGCGUCUGGUAUACUCGAGCAGGCCGAGCUCCUUGGCUCGAUUGUUUACAACGAUCAUAUUCCCUCUGCCACAUUGCCUUCUUGUUUUGUAAAAAAUGGAAGUGUGAAUUCGUAUGCUCAUCAUGUGCUUAAUGCAUGGUUCACAUGCAUCAAGCUUUUGGAAGACGAAGACGACUCGGUUAGAUUGAGUCUUGCUUCAGAUGUUCAAAAGUGUUUUACUUCAGAAAGAAUUGGAAGCAAAGUUCCUCAUGAAUUGGUUCCAAUCCAAGUAGAUAGAGUGAUAAGAUUCUGUUUCGAUCAUCUCUCUUCUAUUUUUGGUCACUGGAUUGAUUACUUCAACUACCUUUGUCAAUGGGUAUUACAAGCUGAAAACAAUGUAUCAUUUGAAGGAGAUCUCGUGAGACGAGUUUUCGAUAAAGAAAUUGACAACCAUUAUGAAGAGAAGCUGUUGAUCAGCCAAAUUUGUUGUUCCAAUAUGGAAAAGCUACCUAUUUUGAAGUCAUGGGCUGACAAAGAUGAACUAAGGAGCUACUUACAUGGAUGGCGAAGUAGAUUUUCCCGUCAAUUGGUGUCAUAUGCUGAAAACAUUACCGGGAAACAAGAGCAAAUUGAUUGGGUAGGAGGCCUAGGUAACCACAAAGAUACAUUUUUACCCAUAUAUGCAAAUUUACUUGGUUUCUAUGCCCUUUCGAACUGCAUUUUCAUUGUCUCGGACAAUAACAAUGCCGAACUUCUACCUAAUGUUGUUGUGAUUGGAAGAGCCAUUAAUCCAUUCCUUAGAAACCCUUUGAUUUCUAAUCUAUAUAAGCUAUUGCUGAAGUCACAUGAGAAAAUAAUGACAGAAGAUGUUGCUAACAACUUGUUCUCUGAGAUGGGAAACCACUCUGUCUGGGAUAGUUUUAAUCCUUAUUUUCUUCUUGGUUAGGGUUUGUAUACUAGUUGUAAUUUUAUAUGGAAGUCAUUGAUCAUACAGAGAAGUUGUGUCCAAGAAACAAUUUUGUAUUAGAUUAUUAUAUUUUUGUUUCUUAAGAUCAUUGAUUAUGUUUUGUAAAUUAAUUAAUGACUUGCAACUUGGAACCUUGUGGUUCAUGUAUUCAUUUGAAAUUAUUAUGGUUGAAAAUCAUUUUGAGGAACUUUUUCAUUCACA